AUGGCUCAGAUUGUACGUCAAAGUAAAUUUCGUCAUGUCUACUGUAAACCGGUGAAACAUGAGCAAUGUAUGUCGGAUAUUCGAGUCACUGAGAUCACAUGGGAUUCGUUGUUCUGUUCGGUGAAUCCAAAAUUUAUCGCUUUUAUCACUAAAGGUGCUGGUGGCCCGUUUAUGGUGAUACCGAUAAAUAAGGUUGGACGAAUCGAUAAGGAUUAUCCGUUCGUGGAUGCUCAUAAAGGUGCAUGUCUGGAAGUGGCAUGGAGUCCGUUCAACGAUAAUGUGAUCGCAUCGUGUUCGGAGGAUACCACAUGUAAAGUUUGGUUAAUUCCUGAAAAUGGUUUGCUAAGAACCCUUUCACAGCCGGUUGUCGAACUAAACGGACACCAGAAACGUGUCAAUACAUUAGCAUGGCAUCCGGUUGCCAAUAACCUAUUGCUCACUGCCGGAGGUGAAAACAAACUCCUCCUAUGGAAUGUCGGCACCGGAGAGGCUCUUCUGGAAAUUGCUGGACAUCCGGAUCAAAUUUGGAGUAUUGCAUUCAACUAUGAUGGUACACAAUUCGUUACCACUUGUAAAGACAAGAAGAUCCGUAUUCUGGACACUCGUAGUGGCGAGGUGGUACACGAAGGAGUUGGUCACGAAGGUGUGAAGCCACAACGUGCAAUUUUUGUUCACGAUGGACGUGUGAUCACCACCGGAUUCACGAAACGUUCGGAACGAUUGUACGCGCUUCGAGCGCCGGAUAAUCUCUCUCAACCAAUUAUCGAGGAGGAGCUUGAUACUUCCAAUGGUGUUCUCUUUCCGUUCUAUGACGAAGACACUGGAUUGGUGUAUUUGUGUGGAAAGGGUGACUGCGCGAUUCGUUACUAUGAGGUCAAUCAAGAAUAUCCUUACAUGCACUAUAUCAACACUUACACCACCAGUGAACCUCAGAGAGCUGUUGGCUUCCAGUGUAAACGUGGAGUGAACUCUGACGAGAAUGAGAUCAAUAGAAUUUACAAACUUACGACGAAAGGUGUAGUGGACGUACUUCAGUUCUUUGUCCCAAGAAAAUCUGACCUUUUCCAGCACGACCUGUACCCAGAUACGAGGUCAACGAUUCCAGCACUUACGGCCGAAGAGUUUAUGGAGGGGAAAAAUGCAGCGCCGAACACUCAACCGGUCAAUCCUGCUGCAGCACAAGCGAAGCCCAAAAUCCAGGUUGCAAAGAAAGCCAACAUUCUCAGCCAACUUGCUCCAACACCAGCUGAUUCACAGAGGAGCCAUUCGGAACAAUCAUCACCGCAGGUAUCUGCGCCGCCGUCGCCACGACCGCAGCCAGCGCAACAGAGACGACCAAUAAUCGACGACGACAUGGGAAUUGUGCCUAUGAAUCAGGUGAACCUUCGAUCGCGUGCUGAGCGGGACGACGGAGGAUCGCUGACUGCCGGACAACGGAGAGCAGCCGCUGAACUGGAGCGGAUCAAGAGAGAUCAGGCACGGACAGCAACAGAGGAGGAUUACGGCCCUCCACCAGGACGACUUCACGCCACACCUUCUCCACGCAUGAGCGUUAGUAGCAUGGAGGGUCCAACAAAUAUGGAGGAAUUGUUGGCCGAUUUGGCCAAAAUGAAGGCGGUAAUGCGGCAACAUGAAAGAAGAAUUCGUAUCCUUGAGGAAGAGAUAGCCGAGAAAAACAUGAGUCAAGCGCAGUAUAUAAGGGUAAGACAAGGGGCAGUGGCAGGACCCUUCCUGUUCAAUUUCGCCAUCGACGACAUUAUGCGAAGAACAGUCGACCGGUGUCCUGCCGACAUUGUCUUAGCACCAUUAGGAGGCCCCUUGAAUGAUCUCCAGUACGCCAACGAUGUUGUUAUAUCAGCGGAAAGCAGUACGAAACUUCAACAUGUUGUCAACCUUGUAUCGAAGCUGGCCGCAGCCUAUGGACUACGUCUACGCCCUGGUAAAUGCAAGCAGAUGUGGAUCUCUUCGAGACCUCGAACGGGAAUCAGGGUGGACGGACGACCGAUAGAACUCGACGAUGAGUUCUGUUACCUGGGCUCUACGCUGAAGAACAACGGCAGCAACGAGAGAGAUGUUCAGCAAAGAUGCACUAAGGCCACUUCUGCAUUUAACUCCUUAAUGAAAUGCCCGUGGUCGAGCCCCAUCACCAACGAAGUCAAGCUGCAAGUCUACCUAUCCGCAAUUCGCCUCAUCAUGAUGUACGGAUCGGAGACUUGGGCAGCACCAUCAACGGUUAUGGAGAGGCUUGACUGCACGGAACGAAAGCUGCUUAGACGGCUACUUGGCUACUUUUGGUGUAGGCCAUCGAAAGUGGCUAAAGCAAAUCGUCUUCGCUUCUUUGGUCAUAUAUUAAAGAGACCGGCAGAUCGCCUUUUUCAACGAGUUCUGAAGAGUUUGCCGGGUUCGAGCUGGAAGAAGCCACCUGGCCGAAAACGGAAGUUCUGGACUGAGAGCGACGAAUGGAUUGAUUCUGUGCAAGCUCUCGCAGAAGUUCGACAAGGUUGGGCAGAGCUGUGUUCAAGGACGGCACACCUCGGCAAAGAUGCGGGUAAUCGCGUCAGCCAUCAGUCCGUCAUGACAUCAGCCCGCCGAUUAAGUCAACAGAUUGAAGACGUCGAUGGAGUUCGCAUUCAGGCCGAAUUCAGUCGUUUUUUGAAAGAAUUCGCUGAUGAAAAUGGCACCAGAAUCUACGAUAGUGCCAUUGCCGCACUGGUUGAACCUGAAAGAAAUACGUUGUAUGUCGACAUGCGUCACGUGCAUUCGUUCAGCGCUACUCUGUAUGGAACAAUUGAAUUGCAGUUCUAUAAGCUAUAUCCUUACAUAUGCGAAGCGUUGCAACUAGCGGUUAUUGAUAGUUGUACAGAUGAAGCUGACCGACAACGUAUGCACAAGAAAGAAGUGUACGUCUCUUUCGGAGGACUAGAAAAUCGUGUAAAUGUACGCGAGUUGAAUGCAGAAAAAAUUGGAGCUAUGGUUUGUAUUAGUGGACAAAUUGUACGAACACAUCCAGUCCAUCCUGAAUUGAGCCGCGCCACGUUUAUUUGCGAGGAUUGCGGAGUCACAACCAGAAAUGUUCUCCAGCAGUUCAGAUAUACACAGCCAUCACGCUGUACUAAUCCUCAGUGUAUGAACCGCAAUCGCUUCAGUCUCGAUGUUGAUGACUCGUCUUUUGUUGAUUUCCAGAAAAUUAGAAUCCAGGAAACUCAAGCUGAAUUGCCUCGUGGUUCUGUCCCGAGAACUUUCGAUGUGAUCGUUCGCGGUGAAAUGGUAGAGUCAGUUCAACCAGGUGACCGCUGCUCGCUUACUGGCACACUCAUUGUUAUCCCUGAUAUUGCUCAAUUGAGCACACCAGGACUUCGUGCUGACACCGGUGGUGGCAAUCGUGGGCGUGCUUCGGAGAGAGACACUGGUCUGACAGGCCUCAGAGCACUUGGAGUGCGUGAUCUCAACUACAAAUUGGCUUUCCUCGCUUGUCAUAUUGAAUCUAACAACACCAAGUUUGGAGGGAAAGACUUUUCACAUGAAAAUAUCGACAGUCUUCAACUAUGGAAACAAAUGAGUGAUCAGGAGCAUGCAGUGUUGAAAGCAAUGAGCGAAGACAAACGAAUCGCUGAAAACUUGAUUGAGAGCCUCUUCCCAAACAUUUAUGGGAACGAUGAGGUAAAACUUGGUGUGCUGCUGAUGUUGUUCGGAGGAGUAGCAAAGAAAAGCAAGAGUGAAGGAACCACAUUGCGUGGAGACAUAAAUGUGUGCCUCGUAGGCGACCCUUCUACGGCAAAGAGUCAGAUUUUAAAGACUGUGGAAGAAUUUUGCCCGCGAGCAAUUUACACUUCUGGGAAGGCCUCAUCGGCUGCAGGUCUCACAGCUGCUGUUGUAAAGGAUGAAGAAUCCUUUGAAUUCGUCAUCGAAGCAGGCGCAUUGAUGCUGGCUGAUAACGGUGUCUGCUGCAUUGACGAAUUUGACAAGAUGGAUCCAAAGGAUCAAGUUGCCAUCCACGAAGCCAUGGAACAACAAACCAUCAGUAUCACUAAGGCUGGCGUAAAAGCUACGUUGAAUGCACGAGCGUCUAUCCUUGCGGCCGCGAAUCCAGUUGGAGGUCGAUAUGACCGUUCACGUCCUUUGAAGCACAAUGUGCAACUUUCUGCUCCUAUUAUGAGCAGAUUUGAUCUGUUCUUUGUACUUGUGGACGAAUGUAACGAGGUAGUCGAUUACGCGAUAGCGCGUCGAAUUCUGGACAAUCACCGAGCAAUUUCUAGCCAUCGUGUACGCGAAACCAGAUAUUCUACCGAUGACAUCCAGAAAUACAUCACUUUUGCGAAAUGCUUCAAACCUCAGAUCAGCCCUGAAGCUGGGGAAGCUCUCGUAACUUCUUACAAAAAGUUACGCAUGAGCGAUAGUAAUAAUGCUGCAACCUCAUCUUGGCGAAUCACGGUUCGUCAACUCGAAUCACUGGUACGAUUAUCGGAAGCUUUGGCUCGUCUGCACUGCGCUGCACAGGUGAGUGUGGAUCAUGUCAAUCAAGCAUCGAAGCUGCUGAACAAGUCGAUAAUUAGGGUGGAACAACCAGACAUUGCUCUUGAUGACGACUUCGAUGCUGAACCAGUGAUACAACAGGAUGAAGACAAGGAGAAUGAAACUGACUCCAUGGAAACUGAGGAAGUGAAUGGAAAACAAGUCAAGAUUGAUCCUUCCAAACUGAAGAUCACAUUCGAGAAGUAUAAACGUUUGGCUGAUAUGCUGGUUCUUCAUAUGCGAUCUGAUGAGGAAGGCGUGGAUGAGGAGGAGUAUGAAGGAGUGCGACAAGAUGCUUUGGUUGACUGGUAUUUGGAAAUGAUCGAAGGUGAUUUGGAGUCGGAGGAAGAUCUGAUUAUUCAACGUACUAUCUGUCAACGAGUCAUCCGUCGACUGGUUACCGAAGAUCAUGUCUUGAUUGAAAUGGAUUCGGAUGAAAAGAAUCCGCUGCUUUGUGUUCAUCCUAAUUAUGUUGUCACUGAUCAGUAA